AGGUUUGUCCAUCCUGGCCUAAGUUCUGUGUUGUCAACGUCGGGAAAAUUUGAACGAAAAAACUGUCCUUGAAUUUAGUACAAAUGAAGGGCAAAGAUAUACCAGCUGAAAUUAACAGUUUCUUUUUUGGUGCUCCAGUAAGCUUGAGAUUUAUAUGGAAUCUUAUCCCGUUAACAAGAAGGCGGAAAACUUUGAAAAUGAAGGCGAUGUGUUGACGCUCGAGUCCUUACCUGAUGAUGCGAUCCUGCAAAUUUUGUUUUGGCUGCAACCGCAAGACUUAGCGCUACUCUGUCUGGUUUGCAAGCGUUUACGUGCUUUAGCUAACAGUGAUUCCUUGUGGAAAGGGUUUGCACGUCAGUUCACUUACAAACCGAAGACAGGAGGAUUAAAGAAGUCAUGGAAAGAGGUUUAUUGUUUUGGAAAGAAAUGGAAUGCUGGAAGCCUGGAGUGUGUAGUCACGAUGAAUUUAGCACCUAAAAACCUGAUGCCAUGGAUCUGGUUAAACAAUCAAGGGAACAUCUUGAUGGUUUCACAAGGGACAGAAAUAUUUUCAUAUUCAUCAACCAAGCUUAUGAAGCAUCAAGGUGGUGACAGGUGCAUCUUAUCAAAGCUAAGUGGUCAUACCAGUGAUGUUACCAGAUUCACAAAAGUUGGCAAUUUCAUCUACUCUGCCAGUCUGGACAAAACUGUUUGUGUUUGGACGGUUAAAAAGAAGCCAAGGCGUGUUGCCAAACUUUCUGGGCACCAAAGUAACAUUAACUGCAUCCAGGCUAACCAGGAAGUAAUAGUGUCAGGUUCAAGAGACGAAAGUAUUAAGGUAUGGUCUAGUUGGGAUUACACUUGCCUGGACUCCAUUGAUUUGGAAGAUCAAGUCAGAUCACUGUGUUUAAAUAGACUAAAAAGCCAUGUGAUAGUUGGGAUGUCUGCACAUAAUGUCAAAUAUGGAGCUUUAAGGACGUAUGACUUGAACAGGGGUAGGUUAGUCUGUGAUCUGACUAGCAAUGGCAGCGGAACAGAGCGCCUUGGUGCUGGCAUCACUCAGCUUGCCCUGGAAGAUGCGCACACUGUGCUUUCAUGUGGAUAUGACACAACUAUUCGGCUUUGGGAUUUAAGAACAAGGCGGUGUGUCCUAGCCUUGUAUGAUCCACAUGAUAACGCAGUGUUUUGUUUUGAUUCAAAUAAAGACUGGAUGGUUGUCAGUGGCACCAGUCGUCAUGGAGUUGUUCGCCUAUGGGACAAGCGUAUGACGUCACCAGUUCGAUCAUUCUUUACGUCACCAAGAAGAAACAGCAGUCCUGUUUACUCUUUGCGUUACUGCGAAGACGCUCUCUACGUUGCAAUGUCGUCAUCUGUGCGUAUAUUUUCACUUUACAAAUAAAGGACUCAACCAUAUCCUUAUUGACACACUGAAGUUUGUACUUCUUAUGAUAUUGUAUUUUGCACGUACUUAGAAGAAUGUCAUGCAAAUUUUAAAGUAUUUUUCUUUGAGCAAUAUUUUAAACAGUAAUCAAUGUGCGUAAAUUUAGUGUUAAUGUGCUUUAAGACUAGCAAUCUCCUUGUUAAGCAGACUUGAACAGUUUUUUUGCUAAGAAAGUAUCUUACUCCUA